UUGUCGUCAUGAAGGUGGAAACAUCAGUACCGAUAAAAGAAGUGCGCCCACUUCCACAAGAGUUGCAGCGAAUUGCUGAGAAUGAAUUAAACGAAGUGAGUUCCCGUCUUACAAGCGACAUUCAGCAAAUAAGAGAUUGGAUCAAUAAGCAGCCACACUUCAACUUUGAAAUCGGUGACCAGUUGCUGGUUUCGUUCCUUCGAUGCAGCAAAUUCAGUUUAGAGCGCGCAAAAGAAAGGUUGGAUAGAUACUUUACAAUACGAACGAUGGCACCAGAAGCCUUCACAAACAGAGACCCCUUACUACCUGAAAUGCAAGCUAUCUUAGAAGCGGGAUGCAUUCUUCCACUACCCAAGGUGGCAAAUGAAUAUGGCCCCAGAAUAAUCGUCCUUCGGUUCAGCGACAAUCUUAAUCCCAAUCUAAUGACGAUUGUCAACAUUACUAAGCUAAGUUAUAUGAUCCAGGAUAUACUGCUACGGGAGGACGACAACGCUGUUAUUAGUGGUAUCUUAUUCUGGGGCUAUUGUAAGAAUUUUUCGUCGAAAUACGCCGUUCAGUUGACUCCAUCCAAUUUACAACGACACGCGGUGAUUGAAGAAAAGGGAUUUCCGUUUAGAAUGAAGGGGGCGUACUACUCACACCUUCCGCAAAUUUUCGAAGCUCUUUACAAUUUUUUGAAAUUUUUCGGAUCAGAGAAACUAAAACAAAGGAUGGGAUUAUACAGUGAGAGCAACUUUGAGGAGUUAUUUAAGAAAAUUCCAAAGGAUCUGUUACCGGAGGAGUUUGGAGGUUGUAAUGGCUCUGUAAAGGAUCUGACCGUUUUCUGGAAGGAUAAGGUGGAAAGUUACCGAGAUUGGUUCCUUAAGGACGAAAAUUGUAAGAUUGACGAACGAUUACGACCAGGUACUCGAAAAACCUCUUCUGAAGUGUUCGGCUUGGAGGGUUCUUUUAGAAAGCUGGAUCUAGAUUAAUAUUAGUAUCACUUUGCUGUAAAAUCAGUAAAGAAAAAAACAUCGCUUUUAUAAAAGAAUGUAGCAAACGAAAUUAAAGUG